CGACAUACAGUACAUAGGUUAGAUACUGAUCACUUGAUUCGUGAAUAGCAGAAUGACUGGUUGGUGUCUCCCAAUUGUGCUGUGAAUUUUAACUUUAAAACUGUUCAAUGCUGUUUAAAAUCAAUACCUAUUGAGAAACAAUCGUCAUUUUCAACUGCUGUGACUGCCGUUCUUUUCUUUCAAUAUAUCGUCUCAAAUUUGGCAAAUUCGCUCGUACCGCCACAAGAGCAAGACCAAAAAUAAGAUGACACUUCCUUUGCCAGAAGCGCAUCAUGACUGGGCGACUAUUCGGAAUCCGAAUCGAAGUUGCAUUUACAUCGACAAAACACAAUAUCUAUGGAGAAUGUUGGUGAAGAAAAAAGCAAGAAGGAGACUCAUAACACGACCCAGAUAUUUCGGGAAAUCAUUGUUUCUGCAAAUGACAGAACAAUUUUUCAAAGGCAAACAAGAUUUAUUCAAAGGAUUAUUCGUCGAAAAAUAUGGAAAUAAAAACAUUUUCCCAGAUGAGCCAGGAUCUGAUACUGACGAUGGUUUAUGGAGGGAAUACCCGGUUAUCUAUUUGAAAUUUAGGCAAAGUCAAAAAUUUAUAACGAUCGACGAAUUCAUGUCAAGCUAUUACGCAAUGAUAGCAACGAUUGCGCAAGAAUACGAAUUGCAAAAUUUCAAACCUGGUUAUGGUUGUACCAGGAGACUUAUCAACUGCUUAUAUAACAAAUUUAAUAAAACACCUGUAAUUGUUCUCGUGGACGAUUAUGAUUUUCCUUUCGAACGUGUCCUUUCUCAAGAUAACACAAAACUGGCAAACGAGAUAAGAGAUUUUUUUGAUGACAUAUUCAGCACGAUAGAAAGUAAAGUUAAAGAGGUUGGAUUUUUAUUCAUUAUGGGAAUUUCAAAAUUAUGGUUGGGUUAUGGGGCCAAUAAUAUAGUCGACGAAACUUAUAAUCCGGAAUAUUCCGAAGCCUUCGGUUUCACCGAAGAGGAAAUUACGUACCACUUGGGACACUACAUCGAAGAGUUUGCAGAGAGUGAGUCGCUAAACCCCAAAAACAUCACCGAUACUCUCAAGCACUGGUAUGGUGGCUACCAGUUCGACCUAAAUAAUAGCUCCAGUCGGAUAUUUAACCCAGUAUCAGCCCUCUCUAGCAUACGAAACAAAAACUUCGAAGGCUACCGCAUUAAAACAAGUUUCAUGGAUCCCUUUUCUAAAAUGUUCUUCAGAGAAGGGUGGUCGUUAUACAGUUUACUAAAAGGAGUAAGAAUUUCUCCAUCUCUUAUCGAGGAUGGGUUAACUGAACGUGAACAACCAACCUUGAUUAGGUGGAUGUUUCAGAACGGCUAUUUCACUGUACAUGAACGGCAAUCCUCCGAUAUUAGAUUGAAAAUACCUAAUCUCGAAAUUGAAACAGCCAUCAAUAAAUCAUUAUAUCGUCGUCAGAUCCUGCAGUGCAACCACGAUAAAGGAAUUCUGUUCAAGUAAACUACCCUGUUAUCCAAGAAAUAACUUCAGUCAGGAUUCGACCUAUGUUUUGAGUCAGAGGAUGGGUGAGUGCCGGAGCAGGUAAUAAUUUGUUGUAAAAUGAACAUUGCCUCUCGAACGAAUCCUGGCUGAAGUUAUUUCUUGGAUAACAAGGUAGGUACAUAUGUAUAAAUUG